ACCGGAGUAAACAUGCAUUGCAGGUAAUGCAAAGCGGGUAAUUUUGAGGGGCCAAAGGCCUGCUGAGUCCUCUCACCCUUCGUAGUAAAUACUCUGCGACCUGCCUCUAAAACUUAAACCGCUUAGAGAUUCCGUCGAAAUAUGAAGCGCUAUACAAGUGAAAACUAUUGAUGAUAAUGACGUGUCUCUUCAAAGCGGGGCGGAGCUGUAAAGCAGGCCCGGCAGGGCUCCUGCUCUCCUCUGCCUGCUUCUGCACUCCGGAGCCGCAGCUCAGUCGGGGCGGUGAGAUUUUUAACCUCAUCGGGCAGGGACGGAAGUAAGAGAGCCGGAGGCAGCUCGGGCUCUGCCGCCGAGGCCCGGCCGCGGAAGCGACUGCGCCCGGAAACGAGAGGCCUCGUGAUUGCAGUAACUGUGCGGGGCGCUGUUGCUUUCGGACCUGGACGGGGAGAGGCGCCGAGGUUCUCGCUGUCCGCGCGCCCAGAGCUUCGCUGGAGAAACGCCCGGGUCGACCUGCCUGCACUCGGCGCGGCGCUCGGCCUCCUUGGGGCGGACCCCGGGGCGCCUAAGGGAGAGCCGCUGUCAACUCUCGAGAACGCGCGAAGAAGGGAGGAAAAAGGGAAGAAGCGAGGCGGCGGGAGGAGGACGAGGGACGGAGCCCGGGAGUGCCAGGACCUGACCGCUGCGGAGGAGCAGAGGAGCAGGGCGCGCAGGAGCUGGCGGACUAGAGUUAAGGGGACUGGGGAGGCGCCAGAGGCAGGCAGCGGGGCCCUCCUCGAGGACGUGGAAGUGCCCGGCGAGAGCAAGAAGGGCGUCGAGGGGGGAUAUAGUGGCGCCAGAGUCGGCGGGGAGACCGGGCGAGGCGAGGCUCCCGGCUCGAAGAGGCAGGGCGCGUUGGUGAGGCGCCGCCAGCUUCGCCCCGCCGCGGCGCGUCCCGCUGAGCUCCUUCCCCAUGUGGUCGCCAGCCGCGGCGGACGCCCCGAGAUGAAGCUGCGGCAGAUCUCGGACUGGAGCGACUUCGUCCGCGGCCGCUGCCUGCGAGAGCUGCUGGAGCAGGGCCGCCCGGGCGAGGCUCCCAGCCGCCUCUUAGCCAGCCCGGACAGGCAGCAUCUGCUUCUGUUUUGGAACCAGCCGGCCUCGCAGGCUCGGGUUGUGGCCUUCCAGCGCCUGGGCGCCGACGGGGCUGACCUGGAGAGGAGUUGGCAGCCUCCUCAGCCGCCCGUGGUGGGACUGCUUUUCCUGGAAAGCCCCGCGACAGCUGUCUCUUGGGUGCUGACGAUCAUCUGGGAGCACGGCAAGACUGAACUCUGGCGGUUUGUGCCCGCAGUGGGGUGGCACUUGCUGCAGAGCCUGGAGCUGUGCCAUGGAGCUCGUGCCCGGGUUGUCUCCAUCUGCAGCUGGGGGGCCCAGCUGGUGUGGUGUGAGGAGAGGCCCCCCUUGGACGCCCAGCUAACGCCCGAGAGGAGAGCCUUCAGGUACUGCAUCUGCACUAGACGCCUUCAGAUCGGGGAGCAGGGAGCCCAGCUGAGCCCCUUAAGGAUUGUCUUGCACAACAGCCCUGUGUACCGAGUGCUCGCCUCACCCUCUGGUGUUUUCCUGCUGCCCACUCCAGCCACCUUCCAGGGAGUAGCCAAGUUUGUCCUCAUCUGGCGUCCCGAAAAUGCUGACAUCAUCAUUGCUGCUCCAUCCAAAGGCUGCAUUUGUACUAAGGCUUUGCUUCCAGGCAGUGAAGUGGACUUCAAGAAGCUGCUCUUGGGCUGUGUGGGACUCUUGGCAAACAUGGACCCUUUGGAUAUCCAUAGCUGUGUGCUCUCGGGUCGCAGGGGGCUCCUCCUGGUUAGCACGGCAGGAGCUGUGGAGCUGGUACAGCCCGACGGAGUGUGGAGACCCAUCUUUGACUUUGGGGGAAGUGCCUUGGCCCCAGGGGAGCAGGUCCAGCUGAAGGUUUUUGGGGACACCCUUGCCUGCUUCUUUGGAGGGGCUCUUUAUCUUGUGGACUUGGGCAGCAGGCAGUUGAUAGAAAAGAAAGUCCUGAGCACGGAGGAAGUGCUUUUUUUGGACUUCCAUGCUGAGGAGGAGGAAUUGCAGCUCCUGGGUCCAAAUGGCAUCUACAGCCUUGACUUCUCUGGUACCGACAGGGAAGAGCCCACCCUGGUGGAGAUGGUUUUUGAAGAGGCCUGCAAAUACUAUCAGCGGCGGAGCCUCAGCAGCUCUCAGCUCACCGUAGAGAAACUGAAAAAGGGAGACGUGUUCCAGGCUCCCAUUGCACUCUCCUCCAUCCUGUGCUAUAGCCUGGCUUCCAAGGAUAAACGUCCCAGGGCCCUCCCAGAGCCUUACGCCAAACUGCUGGCCACAAUGCAGCUGGAACUGCAGAGCUACCAAAAGCUGGAAUUCCUUAAAUUGUGUGUGGUCGGGGCCUCGGAAAGUGAGGUGGAGAGCUAUGGUGAGGCGCUCGUGGAGCAGGAGCUCGGUCGUCUUCUACACUUGGACUUAAACAAGGAGAACCUGGCCUACCUGAAUGCCAUCUUCAGUUCCUUCCCUGGGGCCUCUUGGAAGGCCAUCCAAAACCACCUGCAGCUACAACAAAACGGGGAUGGAGUACUGGUUGCCAGAGCUACUCCAGAUGUGUGGAAGAAAAUCCUGGGGGGAUCAGUGCCCGGCCUCAGCAAGCAAGAGGAGGGGCCUCUAAAUGGGAUGGUUCCACUUUUUGAACUCGUCUGUCUCUCGCUGCACCAGUUCAAGCCCAAGUGGCUGCCUCAGUUUGUGGGGCUAUCCCAAGAGUACAUGGGUGCCUCUUGGACUUAUGGCAACAAGGAGGGCCCCGAGGGUGCUGUUCCCCUCUACAAAAGGGCACUGGCUGUGCUGCCAAGGAGGAGCAGAGGCUCUCUGGCAGAUGGGGAAAUGGAGAUUGAGCUCCUGCUAUGCAGCCAGCGGCCCAAAGCCAUCCUGCAGGCCAUGGACCUCCUUAUCCAGCAUGGGAGAUGGCAGCGUGUGAUGGAGGCUGCAGAAAAGUUCUCCAUGCUAAGCCCUUUGCUGAACAAAGAGAUCUUCACCAUCCUUUUGAGAGAGUGCUCCCAGCAUAGGGACCUGGACCCUUACUUGGACAAGCUGUGGGAACUCUGCCCUACAAAUCUGAGUGCCUCUGACAUCCUGAGCGUUCUUCAGCAAUACUUACCCCCAACAGAACUUGAUCCUCCUCCCUUUCUCCCAGGUGGGUCAUCCCAGCUGACUGUUGGCCUGCUGAAGCCCCUGUUGCACAGACUAGCCCAGGGCCCACCUGGCCAGGAUGAAAUCUAUGCUGUCUUACAGAGUCCAUCUUUCCCACCACCAACCCCACCCAGGCAAAAGAAAGAUACCCCAAAGGCAGCUGCCCAGGAGGAGUUAACCCCCUUUCAGAAUCACACACACCACUCAUUGCGUGAGGUGGUAUGAAGCUUAGAGGUGGGGACAGGCAAAAGGGCAUCCACAGUAAUUGGGCCUGGUGGGGGUCAGGAGCCUCCAACCUGUGUAUCCACUUAGGCCCUGCAUCAGCAAGCUGCCUCUGCCAGAGUGGGAGGUAAAUCCCAAAGUUUAUUGCAUUGCCAAUGUGUUUUUUGGAAGAGUGCAGUUCUUGUAGCAAGGGUUGGGUGUUUCUGGUGCCUUAAACAAGAGCAGAUAAAGUCACAUAGGAGCUACACUAUUGCUCACACAGUUGAGACUAGCUGAAGAACUGCUGCUGGUGUGUUCCCUUCCAUUUGUGAAUGAUGCUGGUGGGCUUGGGUUUUGUUAAACUUCCUCUACGUUUUGGUAAAAUGCUAGUCUACAUGCAUCUGACGUAUUUGCAUGCGAGCUUAGUGUCACUGGGGAAUUGCCUUGCUUUGACUACCUUAAGGAUGCGCAUCUUGAACUUCCAUCAAUAUGCUUUAGUAGCUACCUUUUAAAGUGCAGGGAUUUCUCCUGGCAAUAUGCCAUCCUGUAUGUUGCCAAGUUUCACUGACCAGUAUUACUUCCCCCUGAGACCAGCGUUUUGGAAAGUCCCUGACGGAAAGCAUGUCGUCUGUCUGCUUCUCUGGCUGAUAACCCACAGCUCACUCCUCUGAUGUGUUUAAACAUGCAUUAUUUACCUGCAACUGGGGAAGCCCCACUGUGCACACCUUUGUCCCCUAGAGUGGUUUUAUCUUUUGCUUUUUAUAAAAAAAGAAAAGUGGAGGUUGUCAAUAGAAGGAGCUCUGCAGUUCCCUGGAGUAGGGCAUGUCCUGUACACUUGCAGAGUAGUGUAGCCCUUGCCUCGUGUUUGGGACCCCAUGCUGGCUGUAGGCUUAAAUCAAAUGUAUCUCUAUUAUAGAGGAAGAAUGAUGGGGACUUGGAGCAAGACAGUAAUGCUUGUUGGUGUCUUGCAUUUCCUUCAUUCUGCCUAAGAAUAACUGCCAUUGGGGAUGAGGAAUAUUCUCACCUAAUGAGAUUUUCAUCACUGAAGCCGCCUUACAUAGAUGGGGCAGGAAGAGUAAAUUUUAACAUUUCCAGACAGGAGUGGGUUUUUCUUUUUGCAGGUGGGAGAAAACAUUUUAAACCUUAUGAAAUUGCUGAAAUUGCUUUUUUUUAAAUGCAAAGGUUCCCCAAUAUGGUACAAAGGAGAGAGCUGGCUUAUUGAGUGUAAGCAGCAAGUCACCAUGCAGUUCAGUUUUCAAACUCAAUGGAUGGGUUUGCCAGCCAAAAAUGGGGUGUGGAAGGCUUUAUUACUCACAGAGUUGUCUGGAUUAUUUACGCCUGUUGAAUUGGGUGGGUAAUUUUCUGUAGGCUUAUGACCCUUUGUAAGACAGGACCCUGCCCUGAGACUGAGCUGCCUGAAUUCCAAGCAGAUCACAUGUAUUCUGCCUCAGCCCAAGCCUGAUGCUGCAGCAAUCUGGAUUUUUCCUGUGCAGAGCAAAUACGUCUUUUUGGUGCUGCAGAUUAGCCUUUUCCGGGCUGGGGAAAUGGAUAAGUAGCAGAACACAAGGACAGCUUUGGAUCUUGCCCCCUUCUGUCAGAGAAUGAGGAAAGCCAUACCAAUACUGACCAGUGACCAGUUUGUCAAUACUUGGCAUGCAGAGGUAUAAUUGUGUUACUGGGAGUUGCCUUCCAAAACCAGCACAAAUGGAGGACUUGUUCCAAACCUAGUUAAUCAACAUCUGCAAUACUGUUUACAAGUUUUCUUCAGGCUCUCAGGAAACCCAUAAUAUGCUUCCUCAGCCUGGAGCCAUUAAAAAAUAUAUAUAUAUAAGGAUAAGAUGAGAGUAAAUCACCUUGUCCUUCAUACCUGAAAACUUAAGAGGAAUGUGUCGGUUCUUGUAAAGAGGAGUGGGCUUUCUUUUUCCAAGUGCUGCACAAACCUCCUCCUCUCUGCAAAACCUUAAAAAAAUUUUUUUUAAAGUUUUGACAGUGCUGGGAUUCACAAGCUUCCCUUUGAUGGCCCAGUGGGGCCUCUUAGGCAGAGGAUUAAGAGAAACUGCCCGCUUAAUGGUCCUUGGAUGGUGUGUUUGCCCUGCCCAUCCUGAGUAACUUGGCAGAGAAUUUUUUUAUGCUAAUCUUGGCAAGUUUAUUCUGUUUUUAAUUAGAUUCUUGUUUUUGAAUCCUGUGUGCUGUAUGCAGUAUUAAAAGGUAAACAACCUUGAAGAGGACUCAUCUGUGGCUGUGAAGUACCUGGCAUAUGUAUUGUUGGGCACCCAGCUGUGUGUGCCUUUUCUGUUGAUUCAGGCUUGGCCUCACUUGUUAAUGGGGAACAAUCCCAGCAGAUAAAUUGCAGCCUGACCCAGAAAAAGUCCCUCCACUAAAAAGCAAACCAUUGCUGGGAAGGAAAGCUGCAGCGGGCAAGCUGUUCUGCUAGCAAUCAAUGCACCUUUUGUCUGCUUAUUCAUAGCACAAGAGCUGUGCUGGCAGCUGCCCAGCUUCUUCUGUGAAAGCAGUUAUGGGGGUCAUAGUCUACCUUUUAGAUUCCCUCACAGUUGCCUCCAACAAAGGAGAGGUUAAAAGUGUCCCUUCAAGUGGCGGGGGGAGAUGUAAAGAGAUUUGACAAGAGCUACACAAGUGCAGGAGGGAAGAGAGAAGCAAUAGGUACCGUAAAUGGUUGCAAACCAGCUUGAAAUAGGAUUUCAUUUUAUAACAAGAGGGGAGUAGCGUGUGAUGUUUCUUUAUACAUAAAGAACAAGCAGCCUCCUUGGUCUGGAUUUUUCCUUGAUUUUAUAAGCAGCAGCAUGUAAUACUGAUUAUUAUGCUUCCAGGGGUGCCUUUUCCUAAAGGAUGUCCUGGCUUUGUAUCUGUUCCUUUGAUGGAAUACAAUGGAUUGGAGUGAUGGUAUUCCACUGCUGAAAGAGCACUAGCCAAUCCAGUGCAAUAGAAUCCCAAGAUUAUAUUUAACAGCAGUGUUUGCAGGAGUUACCUAUUAGAAGACCUCAUAGUCAUUUGCUCUCCUCUCUACACACUCUUUGUAUUUGUAAAGAUCCAAUGACAGACUUCAGUUUCCUGACCGUCUGAUACUGUACCUGGCAGCGGCAGCUACCAGCUCAUUUUAAGACAGUCACAAAAUAGGCAGGGCAGUAUUCAACAAAGUUGAGUAGGCCCAUUGAAAUUACUGGGCCUGACUUAGUCAUGUUCAUCAAUUUCUGAGUAAAGUUCAGUUGAAUACCACUCUUGGAUCACUUCCAGUCAAUGGGCACAGGAGGAGGAGCAACUUCCAGUCCAACAAGGCAGCACUAGAUUUUGUGACCCUUAUUUCUCACGGAGCCGUUUCUCUACAGAAGUUCUUCCACCACUUUAAUUUUCCAAUAUUUCAGCCCUGGCUUAUACCUUACAAAAGUAAUGGAAAGUCUGAUUGCACUGAAAUGAUAUAAAAAGACAACUGGAUCAUCCGAUAAUUAUAGAAAAUGCUAGAAGAGCACUUUCACUCACACGGAGAACUGUAGUAUCACAUGUACUUUGGGUAUGGGUGGGUUGUGGCAUUUAAUUCAAGCGGCUUAUUACUACAGCAAGAUCAAGGGAGGAAAAGUGGGGGUAGAUACUUCACUCCAGAUUGCUAAUCAUUUCCCACUUCUGAUCCUGUGGCUUUACAGCAUGGUUCCUGGAUUAUCUAGUACCACUCAAACAGACUUUCGUUUUCAUUUUCAUUUGAAAUCUUGUAGAGCUUGGCAAUUGGAAGUGCCACUGUUUUUGCACUUUGGAAAUGCCACAGAGAAUCGGUAUGGUAGAUAUUUCCCAUCCUGCACAUAAUAAUAUAGAAUUACUUCCCACUAUGGUUAACUAUACCUUCUUGUGAGUUUUCAUAUGUUCUCUGCUUUGCCAUGCUAGUGAGCACAGUUAGGGAUACUUUGCAGACUGUGAUGUUGCAGUGAUAAAUGCUUCCCGUUUCUUAUGGCAUACUUGUUCCUUGUGUUUUACAUGACUGCAGCAUAUGUAUGGGAAUCUUUUGCUCUCCAGGCCAGAUGUUCCCCACCUGCUUUAGCAUAUCUUUCUAACCAUCUUAAGUCUUGAUUGUGACUCCUGGGCACCUCUUCUCCCUACGCAACACUUACCAGGAAUUUGCACACUUACAAAUCAGUACACAAAUGUCAGCCCUCAAGCUGUAUGGCUGCUACACAGUAGUGUACCCUCAUCUCUCUCUCUCAUUUAUUUUUUAUUUAAAAAAUUUGUCCAGCUAGGCUUUUCUUACACUUCAGAAUUCACCUACCACAUUUUCUGAGAGGGUUGUAAAACAUUUCAGGAAGUAAGUUCUGUUGCAAUGUAGUCUUUUUCCCAGAUGGUUAAAAAUAUCCUGCUGAACAUCUGUGCUGGUAUAUCUCGAUCCAGCAGUAAUAGCAUAAUACCUUGCCCCUUGGUAUUGGAAUUAAAGGAUAGCACUGAUGAAUUGGGAACCGCCACACCAGUUUGUUUUUAAGGCAGGAGAUGAAGACCCAUAUGAGAGGUUAUAAAAGACUCAAAACUGAAAUGGAUACUAAAUAGAAUGGUGUUGGAAGGGUUAUAGCAUUUUGGUGGUACAGGGCAGUACUAAAGAAUAGGUGUUGUUUAGGGAGGGUACAGCUGCCAAUAAGAAGCUGGCUUUUAUUAGCUUUAAUAGGGCUUUGAAACCUCCCUCACUGAUCAAGUAUAGUGGGCAUACAGUGCCUCCUACAGUUUACAAAAUGACAUUUGGACUAUCUGCUCUUCUCAGUGAUGCUGUAGGAAAUAGCCACUAUAUGCCUGAUGUGACCUCAUAACCACAUCGUUCUUAAUAGCAAGUAUAGCCAGUGAUAUGCUAGCAAUUCGGAGGAGAUUUCAUUUUCCCAGCAACAAAAAUGCUGCAGACGCCCUAUAACACACAUACUGAAAAUGCAGCUGGAUCUCAUACAGUAAUUCUGUACCAAUCUUUAAAAAUACUGAAUAAAAAUGCAUCAUCAGG